CAAAAUUAGACCUAUGCAGAACAUGCUGGCCAAAGCGUCGUCCAUGGGGGCGCAGGCGAUGGAGAUGGCCAAGCCCAUGGCAGCUACCGCCAAGGAAAAGGCUAUGGCCACUGCAUCGAUGGUUCAGGUGAAAGCUACCGAAGCCAAAGCGGCGGCCCUUCAAGCAGUGAACAAGCCCGAGGUGAAAGAUAGUGCGUCUGUCAGCGACGCAGACAAAGCCGAUGAGUCUGUCCCAGAGUCCGAGUCGGAAGGACUUCUCAACGAUAUGCAGGACCAGUGCAACUGUUUUCCAAACUUGUCCAAGAAACAGCGCAUUCAAGCGGCGGUGGCAUGCUAUGCUGCCGGCGCCUUUUUCAGCUUCCUCGCGACUCUGUUGAUGUUUGGUGGGCCACGUCAUGUGAAGGGCUUUGCAUUCUUCUACACGAUGGGCAACAUAUGCUCAAUAUCAUCGUCGAUGUUUCUCACGGGGUUCAAGAAGCAGUUCACCGUCAUGUGCCUUCCCAUCCGACGAGUGGCGUGCUGCAUCUGGAUCACGACCAUGAUCCUGACGCUGGUGGUGGCUCUCACUAUGUCCCGGCCAGGACUGCUUGUAUUGUUGCUCGUAUUCAUCCAGUACUGCGCCAUGCUCUGGUACGGCGCCAGCUACGUCCCAUACGGUCGCGCGCUGCUAAAAAAAAUCUGCGUCAAGGCGGCGUCAUCGGCAUCCAACGCAGUUUAAACUAUUCAUCAUUUAUGCGCGUUGAUUUAGCUUUUUGCGCCAUCACAACCUCGAUCAGCUACCCAAUCCAUUCGAACGCUAUAAAUCGAGCAGUUUGG